UCCCUUUUGAUCGCAGAACAUGAAUGACUCGGGAGAAUGGAAUCGUUGGAGACGUCGGCCCCAGCCUCACCCUUACUACCAAGUUCCGGCUGACCGAAGGAUUGCUAGCGAGGACGUGUGGAGAGAGCAUCCUGCUUACUCGCAGCUUGGUCAGCGGCGAUUCUACGAUGGCGGCAUGGCAGGAGUUCCAGGCCGUGGCCAGUACUACGAGGUUCCGCGGCCCGCUCCUAGAGAGCCCUACGCGGUGCGCCAGGAACCACAACCCAUGGCCCGUCAUGGAGCUAAUGUGGUUCCCGCGUACCAAGCUGCUCUUCGUCCUUCCGCAGUUCUUCCUCGCCGAGCAGAGACAGCACCGCGGCCGUUGCCUUUCGUGCACAAGCAGGCACCUUCUCCUCCCACCCCUACAUACACACCAGCAGCGCCUACCAUAACGUGGCAAUCCCAUCACCCGCAACCACACGCCGCCGCAGCACCUCAAGUGGCUGCGGCACGGUCUAUGCCAGCUUCAGCGGCUUGGCCCCUACAAGCGACCAGAGUGCCGUCUAUGCCCGCGCCAAAGCCUGUUCCUGCAAUGAUUGCAGCCACACCCCCAGAGCCGGCCGCAACCUGGGAGCCUGCGUAUCAGGUUUGGGCUUCCUCGCUCGGCAUGAUACCAUGGACAGCCGACAUUACUGUGUAG